GCCUGAAUUAAAUCUUCUCAACAUGAAUAACAGCAAUAACAAUGAAGAUGAGGAGAAAGAGAAGAAGGAAAAGGAAGAACAGGAGGCAAAGGAAAAAGAAGAGAAGGAAAAGGAAGACACGGAGGCAAAGGAAAAAGAGGAGAAGGAAAAGGAAGACACGGAGGCAAAGGAAAAAGAGGAGAAGGAAAAGACGGACGAGGACGAACAGGAGGCAAAGGAAAAAGAGGAGCAAGAGCAGAAGGACAGGGAAGAACAGGAGGCAAAGGAGAAAGAGGAGAAGGAGAAGAAGGAAAAGGAGGAGAAGGAGAAGAAGGAAAAGGAGGAGAAGGAAAAGAAGGAAAAGGAAGCGAAGGCCAAAGAAAUUUUUGUCAUUAAUCCUGCCGGGAAUUUGUAUUACAACUGGCUGUUCAUCAUCACACUACCAGUCAUGUACAACUGGACCAUGAUUAUCGCCAGGGCUUGCUUUGAGGAGCUGCAGUAUAACUACCUCAUUUACUGGGUUAUUCUGGACUACACCUCAGAUGUAAUCUACCUGGCCGAUAUGUUCUUCAGGACCAGAACAGGUUACCUUGAGCAAGGCCUCAUGGUGAAAGAUAAGCAGCUGCUACUCGAUCGCUACAUCAGCAGCUUCCAGUUUCGUCUCGAUUUCAUCUCCAUGCUGCCCACAGACUUCUUCUAUUUCUACUUUGGCCUCGACUACCCAGAGAUCCGCAUCAACAAGCUGCUGAGAAUCGGCCGCAUGCUGGAGUUCUUCACGAGGACGGAGACUAAAACAAACUACCCCAACAUCUUUCGUAUUGGAAACUUGAUCAUGUACAUUCUCAUUAUCAUCCACUGGAAUGCUUGCUUCUACUUCUCAUUCUCAAAAUCCAUUGGUUUUGGUGCUGACGACUGGGUUUACCCAGCUUUGGAUGAUCCUGAUGAGCCUGCAUUUGGGGAGUUUGGCAGGAAGUAUUCGUUUAGCCUCUACUGGUCCACACUGACCCUGACUACCAUCGGAGAAACUCCACCGCCAGCCCUUGACUCAGAAUUUCUCUUUCAUGUGGUUGACUUUUUAGUGGGGGUUUUGAUCUUUGCCACCAUUGUAGGAAACAUCGCCACCAUGAUCUCCAACAUGAACGCUGCCCAAGCUCAGUUUCAGGCCCGGAUUGACAACAUCAAGCAGUACAUGCAGGUCCGAAAGGUCAGCAAGGAUCUGGAAUUGAGAGUCAUCAAGUGGUUUGACUAUUUGUGGAAUAAUGGCAAGGCACAGGAUGAAAGAGAGGUGCUGAGGUAUCUUCCAGACAAGCUAAAGGCUGAGAUCGCCAUCCAAGUCCACAUGGAGACGCUCAGAAAAGUUCGUAUCUUUGCGGACUGUGAGGCUGGCCUACUGAUCGAGCUGGUGCUCAAGCUGCGGCCACAGGUGUUCAGCCCCGGAGACUAUAUCUGCAAAAAGGGCGACAUUGGCCGUGAGAUGUAUAUCAUCAAAGAUGGAAAUCUUGCAGUUGUUGCUGAUGAUGGAGUCACACAGUUUGUUGUGUUGAAAAGUGGCAGCUAUUUUGGUGAGAUCAGUAUUCUUAAUAUUAAAGGCAGCAAAGCAGGCAACCGACGAACAGCCAACAUCCGCAGCAUUGGAUACUCAGACCUCUUCUGCCUGUCCAAGGAUGACCUGAUGGAGUCACUGGUGGAGUAUCCAGAUGCCAAAAGCAUGCUUGAGGACAAAGGCCGGGAGAUCCUGAUGAAAGAUAAUCUGAUAGACUUGGACCCAGCUAACAUCAAGCCUGAGGUCAAGGAGCUGGAGGAGAAGGUCAACAAACUGUAUGGCUCGAUGGAGCUGAUGCAGUUCAAGCUGAAGAGAAUGCUGGGAAAUUACAAGAGUGUUGAAAAGGCCCUGAGACGUCGCAUCGCAGAUCUGGAGCACCUAACAGGAGAGGAGGUGGAAGACGAGGAUGAGGAGGAAGAAGAGGUGAAAAAGGAAGAGACGAAGGUGGCGUAG